AUGGCGGAUUGUGAGGGAGGCAAAAUGGCGGCUCUAAUUCCGUGUGGGCAGAGUAAAUUAGGGUGGAAUUUAUUGUGCAACGAAUUGGUGUGCGAGAUACUUGUAAGACUACCCACAACAGCAGCCGUUCGAUUCCAAUCGGUUUGCAAGCUCUGGUAUUCUCUCAUCUCUUCUCCUUACUUUAUUGCCCGCUUCCGUCACCAUCAUAACCAUACAGAUGAUGAUGUUCAACCAAGCAGGAUUGUUUUCCGAUUUGCAUAUCCUUGUAACUGCACCCGUCACUCUGGUGGCUGCAACCAAUGCCAUUCUCACUUCCAAAUCAUCUCCAACUCUUCUUCCUUAUUGCGAAAGGUGUACGGAGAGAGUGCAUUCCGUUUAAGUUAUCUCCCAUGUCUCCCUAAACAGCUUCGAUUGGAAGGCUCCUUUGCUGACUUAAUCUUAUGCUCUUGCCUUAUUACCAACAAAAUUGAUUAUUAUGUCUCCAAUCCGCUCACCAGACAAUGGAUUGCUCUCCCUCCAGCUGCCUAUGAUUGCUUAGUGCAGUAUGUCUCAAUUGGCUUUUUAUAUGUGGAGGAUGCUUCUCAUCAUAACAAGUUCAUGGUGGUGAGGCUUCGUACGUGGUGUAGUACUGCGAGUACACCUUGUUCCUGGUUUAAAGCCCAAGUCUUUUCUUCAGAGAACUGGCAAUGGAGGAGUUUGGUUGUUUCAUCCCCUCUGAGCUUGAAUCACCACAGAGGGAGAAAUCCUCUUGUUGCCUAUAGAGGGAUGCUGCAUUGGCUAAACAGUGAUUGUAUUGUGGUGUAUGAUCCACUUAAUACCCCGGAAAGAUUCUCUCGUGUCAUUGGUCUUCCAUUUUCAAUUCAAAUAUAUCCCUCCGAAAUUUACAGAAAUAAUUAUUGCUUUGGAGUAAGUCAAGGUUGUCUUCGUGUAGUUAAAGUUGUUUCAGAUGAAUAUAUAAUAGGUCCCAUACUGGAUGUAUGGGAACUGGAGGACUAUGACUCUGGGUUGUGGAAUUUGGUUCACAAGGUUCACCUUACAAAUCUGAUACAUAAUGAGUUAUUUGAAAGUUUGCAGAGUGAAUUGCCUUGUUUCGAAGGACUAAGUCUCCAUCCUGAAAAUGGGGAUGUUAUUUAUUUACGGUUAUUUAAUGGGGUAGUCCUUGUCAACAUGAAAAGCAAAAUAGUUGAGCAAUUCUACCCAAUAAAUGAGAGGGUGUUGUUUUGUUGGAGGGAUGCCUUUCACCUUGUUGACCAGGCGUGGCCAACAGCAUUAUCAUUACUGCGGCACUAA